AUGAUUAAUGCUUCUUGUGCGGAAUAUCUAAUUGGCAUUGGGUUCGAGCACUGGGCCAGAGCAUAUUUCACAGGAAACCGGUACAACAUAAUGACAAGCAAUGUUGCGGAGACAUGGAACUCCGUUCUUCAAAGACGCAAUGUCAAACAGGUCGGUAGUGGAAGACUGACAGCGAAGGUGGAAGAGAUCCUAGAAACCAAUUUUCAGAACAGUGGCGGGAUGCUUGUAAGAAGAAUAAACUCAGCAAAGUUAGAGGUUAAGGACAAAAACGGGUCUACAUAUGAGGUUAACCUAGAAGAAAAGUAUUGCAGCUGCUAUGCUUUCCAGAAGCUCCAAAUUCCUUGCCCACAUGCCAUCGCAUCAGCAAUCAAGGAAAAAGUUAAUAUUGAAUCCCUUGUAUCUAACUUUUACACUACUAAAACUCUGGCGUCAGCAUAUGCGGAGGACAUUGUCCCGAUAACCAACGAAACAACCACAAACGGAGAAGCUAGUCAAGGUGGUGUUAUGUUCCCUCCAGCAAGCAGACGUCCCCCCGGAAGACCAAGGAAGAGUAGAAUACUAUCUACCGGCGAAAUACGAAUGAAAACUCCAAGGAGAAGACAUGUUUGUAGCCGGUGCAAAUCAGCAGGACACAACAAAGCAACGUGCAAAGUUGCUAUAUAA